GCGCAGUGCGGCGCUUCCGGCUGCGGUGUGUGCGGGCGCAGGGCCCGUGAGGGGCGCGCGUUGCCCGGUGACGGGCGGGGGGCGCCCGGGGCCUAUCGCGGCUUCGCGCCUCGCCUUCCUCCCGCAGCCCCGCCCAGCGCCCUCCGGCCCCGGGAGCGCCGCCGAGCGCCGCCGCUGCCAUGGCCAGCUCCCCCGUGUCCCGAGUGGUGUACAACGGAAAGCGGAGCGGCGGCCCGCGCUCCCCCGGCGCCGGCAGCGAGAUCUUCACGCCGGCACACGAGGAGAACGUGCGCUUCAUCUACGAGGCCUGGCAGUGCGUGGAGCGCGACCUGCGCAGCCAGAUGGGCUCCGAGCGCGGCCUGGUCGAGGAGUACGUGGAGAAGAUGCCGAACCCCAGCCUGAAAGCGUUUAAACCCGUCGACCUGGGUGAUCUGAAGAGGAGGAACACACAGGAUGCUAAGAAGUCCUAAGGCGGGUACUCCCUGAGGGUCGGCUGCUCUCCUAAGAUACGCCUGCUUGAAGAGACCCGGCCCCUCAGCUCACCCUGGCUGGGCGAGGUGGUGGAGCUGCRCCAGGGCUGCUUCCUGAAGCCACUCACUCCUGGCAGGGCUUGGAUGGUUCGUGCAUCGUAGCCCGAGCCAGGGAGAGUGACUGUGCCAACGUGACCCACCUGAGCUGCUGGGCUGCUCCGUGGAGAGGGCUGGCAGCCCCCUGCCCGCCUGUGCUCCRGGCUGGCGGGGAUGGGGCUGCCAGGCCUGCCCAGCACCAGUGGCUGUGGGAGGACUGCGGGGACACGGGGCUGCCAGUACCUUUCCCUUGUUGAGUCCUUGAGUUGUACUGUACCCUUUCCUUUCUGUGGUAUGUCACUUGAGGAGUGUUGUAAAUAAACGCUGGUGUCCUUU